UGAUGUAUGGUGUAUGCUAUUUUUUUGUGUUAUUGAAACACUAAUAGAAUUAACAUUUAAAUUUUGAUAUACAAGUUGACGAUAAUAACUGUAAUCUAUAUAUUAAUUUCAUUUUUUAUAUAAUUUAAAAAAAAAUAAUAGUGUUGGUCUAGGUACAGUUAAUGUGUGUUCGUACAUUCCUAUAAUUAAUUGAAAUUUUGAUUUAAUUAUUCUUAAAAUAAUCCACAGGGAUGAAGGGGAAAAAGGAUCAGGAAUCAGAAUCAAAUGACAAUGUUUGUCGAGAUUUCAUGCGCAAUGUGUGCAAUAGAGGCAAAUCUUGCAAAUUUUUUCAUCCUCCUGUUGAAGAGGAUAAACGCAAAUAUGUAUUUUGCCAUGACUUUCAAAAUGGCAAGUGUAGUAGACACGAUUGCCGGUUCAUUCAUUGUUCUCGUGAGGAUGAGGAGUAUUAUAAUCGGACCGGACGCAUGGCACCAGAAGUGUUGAGAACAAUUGAAAUGACUGGUGCGCCUCCUUCUGAUGAUAUACCUAUUUGUAAAGAUUAUUUAAAAGGCAAUUGCCAUCGUAGCCAAGCUCAUUGUAAAUUUCGUCAUGUAGAUCAACCACUUGAUGUACCUGUUAGAGGUCCUAAUGGUCCUUUCAAUUCACCCCAGCCAGCGAUGCCACCUAACUUCGGUAAUGAGUUGUUCCGCAGACGCUUUGAUUUUGAUGAAGAGCCCGAUCCCAAGCGUAGGCGCUAUGAAUUUGACAACAGAAUGCCGCUAGGGCGCCCAUUCCCCAAUCGCGACAUGGACUUUUCCGCGCCACCUGGGCCUGUGCAUCAACAGCCAUAUUGGCUGUUGCAAGAUGAGGUGGAAAUGUUGCGCAAGCGUGUGGCUGAGUUGAAAAAGCGCAAUGAGGAAUUGCAAGCGACUAAUGAAUUCUUAUUGGAGCAAAACGCACAGCUGCGCAUUAAUGAACAAGCGCCCCUACGCAGCACCCAGCAAAUGGUGAGCGCUAUACGCACUGUGACCACAGUCCCAGUCAGCUUGGCGGCGGUGGCUGCGGCCGGCACACCCGUGUCCAUAGCUACCGUCUCCAUGGCUCCAAUUCAGAUACCACCUGUUGUAUCUGGGUCUGGCCCGCCGCCCCUGCCGCAGCCAACUAACUCGCAGCCUUUGGUAUCUUAUCCUAUUGGCAGAUCGACAUCAGCCCAACACUAUAUCCAACCGUAGUUUAUGAACAGAGAAAAUGGAAAUGCUAACAAGAAUUUGACAUUAACAAAACAAAGAAUGUACAAUCUAUGUUUUAAUAAUAGAAUGUAAGA